GAGAACGAGAGAGAUACAGAGAGGUGAGGCACGGAACAAGCUUCUGGACCCACUUGGUUUGACUUCUGACUGACCUUUUGUGAAACCCAAGCCUUUCUCUCUCUUCAAGGCUAUUUGCACAGCAUCCUGUCUGAGCACACCCAGCCUCUCAAUCUGUUUGGAGUUGAUGUAACGGAAAGGAACUGUGAGGUUUCAUGCAAGUUGACAAAAUGGAGAAUCAAAAGAGCCCUGGGAGGAAACAGCCGAGGACAGAGAGUUACGACCAGAAGCUGGAGCAACGGGCGGCCAAAUUCGAGUCCCUGAGAGAUCACAACGCCACAACGUGUCGCAGCUGGGGCCCCACGCUGGAGGCGGGGCGGAGGAACGCCUGGCAGAGGAAGAGACAGGUGGAGUUUCACAGGCGGAGACACAUGGGUCAGUGCCAGGUCCAGUCUGACGGCCCUUCGGGGGAAGACAGAGAGUCACUCAAGGAUAGUAAAGUCACCCUGAGGACCGCCCAGCACAGGGGGGCGCCGGUUGAGAGACAGCCCUUCAUCUCCGCAGACGAACUAGGCAUCGUCUGGCCGGACGUGCACUCGCCUGGCACGGCUCCUUGGAUCUCGCCUCCGCGUUCAUGUCCAUCUGUAGAUGAAGCUGUGAGAGCGGAGCAUGAGGUCACCUCUGAGACACCUCCUCUUCCUCACGAGGCUUCCCUGAGCAGCAGUCUGGAGGCCAGAGACACAGACCAGGCAGACCCACCAAAUCAUCAGACGCAACCAAGGAGUCCACGUUGUCAGACGGAAUACGGCUAUGUCACUGUGAAGGAGAAGGAUCUUCUCCAGCUGGCUGAGUAUCUAAAGGAGGCUCUCUGGAGGGAGGACACCCUGAAACAGAAACUGGCCCUCCUGCAGCGAGGCACCUCCACUCUACUGCUCUCCCACAAUCACGUGUGGAAGGUUGGAGUUCCUUACUCCUGUGUGUGUCACCAGCCUAAACAUCCAGGCUCAGGAGAGGGCUGACAGCCCAGAGGUGAAAACUUAUGACCUCAGGCUUAACAAUUUUUGUUAGUUCCAGGGUUGAGUUCCAGUGUAAAUCUAUAGUUGGAGAUGUAACAACCCUGGGGACUGUGGGAUAGACUGGAAAAAUAGCCCUUUUAUCACAAUAUUCAACCUUGUUGAAUGCUGACUUUUCUUCAGAAUCAGUGAAGUUAAUUGUUGGAUUCAUGCUGUUUGGUAUGUGUAUCCACUAGGUGGCGCUACAGUCUGCCCAGGCAGAGACAUGUGGAGAGCGUUGUGGGAGAGAGGAAGUACCGACCUUAUCUCCGGAAGUUUUUAGAACACAACAUUAACCAGCUUCAUGUUACACUGGAGCUGCAUCUCCGUACAAACAAAUGUAUUAAAACAGUAUUAACAUGUAUAUGGAAUAAAAAUGACAUAUUAAAGUUAUCCCCUUUGACCGUUUUAGCACCAGAGAACAGCAGGAGUCUAGGGAACAGAGCCAGGAGUGUGCAGCAGCAUUCUUAGGUAGAGACAUUCAAAAUAGACAUUUUAGCCAUGUCAGAUAGAAUCCUUAGAAUCAAGUCUAAGUUUGACCAUGUUUACAGAAGAAUACAGAACCUGACUGUUUU